GUGCCUGCUGUCACCUGGUCAGAUAGUUCAAGUUCAAGUCCAAACUGUAAACAAUGGUGGAACAGCAACAGAGCUGAAGAAUGCCCCACCAUAGCCCCUGUCAAAGAGAAGAAAUAAGUAAGCUGACGCAGAUAUGUAGUGUAAAAACAAAGAAUUGGACCAAGCCAGAGAGAAAACGAGAAUAAAUAUCGGAGCAUCAUUUCAGAGCUGGAGGAGCCGUGGGAUUUGUAAGACUCAAGAGAUGCGCAGAGUUAGCUGCUUUUCUGCUGGACAGGUUCAGGGCGAGCCAAAGAUGUGAUGAUUCAAGUGGUCCGACUUCUCGUCAGUGGGAAUGAUAAGAGCACCAGUGCUAUCUGAUUCAUCGCCUCUGCCUCGAGCUCCCUGUUCAGUCCAGGCAACAACUCACCCUCGCCGCAUCGUACUUGGCCGCCCUCUCAUUGUUGGCCUUCUCCGCCUUCUCCGCCAGCUUCUUUUGCAUCUGAGGGCCCCUCCCGAAGAAGAUGUAGUUGACGAAGGCGUACUCCAGCAGGGCCAGGAAGACCAUGACGAAGCAGCCCAUCAGCCCUCCAAUGGGGAGCACCUAUUAUCAGAUUAUUAGCCUCCGCUGCAGCACUUCAUUUCUCUCGCACAGGCAGUAGGCGGCGGAACACAAGAGGCGGAAUAAAACAGGUGAUGUUGAGUGAGCCCGGUGUGCCCCCCCGUCGAGGCUGCUGCUGCUGCCGCUGCUGCUGCUGCUGCUGCUGCUGCUGGCGGGCUGGAGCGAGGAGGCAGCCCGUGUGAUGCCGCUGCUGCAACACCUCUGGAGGCAGGAUGCAGGAGACGCGGUGCGGCAGGCACUGAGCAACCCCGAGGAAGAGGCGGCGUUAGCCUAUAGGAGGAGGCGAGCAGACAGACUACUACAGCACCGCCUGAUGGGGAACCGCUGACUGAGAGAGAGCGAGAGAGAGAGAGAGAGAGAGGGAGGCGAAGGAGAAAGAAGGAGGGGGAGACAACCGACGAAGCCCCCCCGUGAUCGUCCAGUUUCAGCACGGCCGACAGAGACCUCCAGCCCCUCCAGUCGCUGCUUGAGGAGGGGGGAAAUUAAACCAUGGUGGCUCUGCAUUCAGCUCCCAACAACAAAGUGGGCAGAUUUUCAGUCAUGGCAAGGCUCAUCCUUUCCCUCCUGCUCCUGUGCGAAUGCCAAAAUAGUCUCUGCCAGACCUCCGAGGCUCAGAAGGAGGCGGCCGCCAAUGACAACAGCACAGUUUUCACCAGGAUCCUGGAUGGGCUCCUCGACGGAUACGACAACAGGCUCCGGCCUGGGCUCGGAGAGAAUGUCACAGAGAUCAAGACGAAUAUUUUCGUCACCAGCUUCGGCCCAGUGUCUGACACAGAGAUGGAGUACACCAUAGAUGUGUUCUUCCGCCAGAGCUGGAAGGACGAGCGCCUGUGCUUCAAAGGGCCCAUGGUGAUGCUGCCAUUAAACAACCUGCUCGCCAGCAACAUCUGGACCCCUGAUACCUUCUUCCUUAAUGGCAAGAAGUCUAUCGCUCACAACAUGACCACGCCCAACAAGCUGCUAAGGCUGCAGGAUGACGGCACUUUGCUUUACACAAUGAGACUGACCAUAUCAGCAGAAUGCCCCAUGCAGCUGGAGGAUUUCCCCAUGGAUGCACACGCCUGCCCCCUCAAGUUCGGCAGCUAUGCAUAUCCAGUGUCCGAGGUGGUCUACACUUGGACUACGGGGGCAGCAAAGUCUGUGGUGGUGGCAGAGGACGGCUCCAGACUGAACCAGUACCAUCUUGUCGGGCAAACCGCCGGCACAGAGGACAUACACACAAGCAGAGGACAGUAUACAGUGAUGAUGGCCCACUUCUACCUGAAGAGGAAGAUUGGAUAUUUUGUCAUUCAGACGUAUAUGCCCUGCUUCAUGACUGUAAUCCUGUCCCAGGUGUCGUUUUGGCUAAACAGAGAAUCAGUUCCUGCAAGGACUGUCUUUGGGGUGACAACCGUGCUGACCAUGACCACCCUCAGCAUCAGCGCCAGGAACUCGCUCCCUAAAGUGGCCUACGCCACAGCCAUGGACUGGUUCAUUGCUGUCUGUUACGCUUUCGUGUUCUCUGCCCUCAUCGAGUUUGCCACAGUGAACUACUUCACCAAGAGGAGCUGGGCCUGGGAUGGCAAGAAGGCGCUGGAGGCACAGCACCCAAAGAAACGAGACCCCAUGGUGCUGUCGAAAAAGCCAAACAACGUUUGCUCAGCGGGCGUCAACUACACCCCCAACCUCACUAAGGACGUGUCCAUCUCCACCAUCUCCAACACAACGUCGGUGCAGCUCCGGGCCUCCGAGACCAAGAUCCCGGACCCAAAGAAGACCUACAACAGCGUCAGCAAGAUCGACAAGGUGUCGCGGAUAGUGUUUCCCGUCCUCUUUGGAACCUUCAACCUCGUCUACUGGGCUACGUACCUUAACAGAGAACCGGUGGUAAAAGGAGUGGUCACCUCAACUUCUCAACUGGAAUAUAGCGACUAUGAAGACCACCACGAUGGCCACGUCAGUCAGAUGCUGGUGCCCAGGUCGCACCAGGAGGACGCUACCCUCAUACUGAACAAUUUGCUCAAGGAAUACGACAAGACGCUGCGGCCGGAUAUUGGAGUGAAACCAACUGUCAUCGAUGUGGGCAUAUAUGUCAACAGCAUCGGGCCUGUGUCAUCCAUCGAUAUGGAGUACCAGAUCGAUAUUAUCUUCGCUCAGACCUGGGUGGACACCCGUCUGCGGUAUAACAGCAGCAGCAGCAUGCCGACUCUAACCCUCAACAGCAAUAUGGUUGGUCUGAUCUGGCUGCCCGACACCAUCUUUAGGAAUUCCAAGAACGCCGACUCUCACUGGAUCACGACGCCCAAUCAGCUGCUCCGGAUCAGGGACAAUGGGACGAUACUUUACACACUGAGGAUGACCAUCAAUGCAGAAUGCCAGCUGCAGCUCCAUAAUUUCCCAAUGGACGAACACUCCUGUCCUCUCGUCUUCUCCAGCUACGGCUACCCGCGAGACGAGAUCAUAUACAAGUGGGCGUACAACUCCGUGGCGACUUCAGACCAGAAAUACUGGAGGCUUUACCAGUUUGAUUUCAUGGGACUCAGGAACACCACAGACGUGCUCACGACGACAGCAGGUGACUACGUGGUGAUGACCGUCUACUUUGACCUCAGCAGACGGAUGGGCUACUUCACCAUCCAGACCUACAUCCCCUGUAUCCUGACCGUGGUCCUCUCCUGGGUCUCCUUCUGGAUCAAGAGCGACGCCACACCUGCCCGGACGGCCCUGGGCAUCACCACAGUGUUGACCAUGACCACCCUGAGCACAGUGGCCAGGAACUCGCUACCUAGAGUGUCCUACGUGACGGCCAUGGACCUGUUUGUCACCGUCUGCUUCCUGUUCGUCUUCGCUGCCAUGAUUGAGUAUGCCAUGCUCAACUACUACUCCUACAGUGUACGCAGACCCCCUCCCAAGACGCGGAGAAUGACGUACUCAUCUUUCAACAUGGCUCACACCCCUCGGCCCAUGAUGCCCAUGGGCAACUCCCUGUUCUGGCAGGACUACGAAGACAACUGCAUGUACGAGUGCCUGGACGGGAAAGACUGCACAAGCUUCUUCUGCUGCUAUGAGGAGUGUAAAGAAGGCGGCUGGAAGAAAGGACGCAUCCACGUCAACAUCCGCGAGCUGGAUUCCUACUCCCGGGUUUUCUUCCCCACCUCCUUCUUGCUCUUCAACAUAGUCUACUGGGUCAGCUACCUCUACCUCUAGUCGGGCUGUGACCCGUGGGCCCUGCUGGAACAGCCACAGUCACAGCCACUUUGCACUGCGGCUCGUGAUUUAAGGUCAAAACUAAGCAUGGAGGAGGAAAUGAGGUGGACCCACUCUUUGGGAAUUGUGGAAGAUGUGCUGCCUCUGGAGUGGUAUGACUACCUGUGUGCUGUGGUGCACAAUGUAAAGGCCAUGAUACUUUGAGCAGUGGCACUCCAAGGAGAAUAAAAUGCUCAGCAGUCGAACAACAAGCCGCAAGCAUUACUUAGAAUGGAUUGGUCCCUUUGAUGACUCAGAUACCAAACAGCAGACAGCUGCAGCUUCAGAUGACGUUCUGGGACGGGUGUUGCAUUGCUGAAUCUUGGUCAUCGAGAUGGCGAAGCACCCAUAGUGCCUUCUUUAGAAAGGGUGCGGCACAGAGAGACGCAGCUUCAGAGUUCCCUCCAUUAUCUGUAUUACCUCAUCCACCACACUACCGCAUGCUGACAGACCUGGAACACCACCACAGGAGAUAUUUAAAACUAACAUUUACCUUUCAUUUUGUAGCACAUUAGUUUUAGUUGUACCCUAGUAUUAGUUCUGCUUUCUAAUAUUGUAACAUUUGCUUAUUCUUCUUCGUAUUAUUAUGAUUAUUAUUAUUAACAAAGUCAGCCUUUGUUCAUGAUGCUUUAUGACCAGGCGAUGCAGUUUACAGUAAAUGCCAAGAAGAUUUGGGUGUUUAUGCUGAAUCUGCCACACAAAAUGUACAAGAACUGCAUAAAUACACCAAUCUAAUACUAAACAUGCUAAUCUCAUCCCCAGGCAUAUUCUGUGUGUUACCCUAGUUGAAUAAACAGAUUAGGUUAGAGCACUGCUGGUUUCUUCCUGACAACAACUAUAUAAAAACAGUUUUACAUUUUGUUUUAAUCGCUUUAUGAUUUGGUUUUGUCUUUUGGCUUUUGAGGAUAAGUUCAACAGUUUGGGUAAAAUGUGAAACUGUAACCCCAUGUUCAACUUUUGUCUUUAUGAAGACUUCCUUUAUGAGGGCUUCCUUUUACGGGAAGGUUUCUAUUAUAUAUAUAAAAUAACCAAGUUUAUGUUGAUGGUCACUUCAAUAAGGAUUCUAUUACUGACAUGGUCAGUAUUAUGUAAGAAUUUGAGUUGAUCGUCAAAAAUAGCUGUUUUGGAAUUAUGUUGUCUACAUAUUGUUUUGCAAAGACACCAGCAGCUAGAGUUAGCAGCAGUUAGCAGUUACUCUGCUGCCUCCCCCCAUUUGUUUUGUGUAUGGCCAAUUCUUACAUUUUGAAAUGUUACUUUAUCACACCACUAAGAAAUAACAUGUUACAGGAGGAAUAUGUAAUAACCAGCCACCUAACACAUUCAGAUCUGCUGCAUUCAGAUCUUUAGUUUAUUCUUUGAAGGAUUUCAACUUAAAUUCUUACAUAUGACCCUUUUUAAAGCAUUGAAUUUAGUGGCUUUGUUUCCAGGCCUUGUGCUAAAAUAUGUAAAGCACUUUAAUUUUAUUUUGAAAAGUGCUGUAUGAAUAAUGCUUAUUUUAUUAUUGCUUCUGACUUGCAAGAAAGCGAGUACUCACCUUUUCUCAAAAUGUUGAACUGUUCCAAGGAGCUUCUGACCCCAAAGACAUUUCAUCAGCAUUGCUUUCAGUGGAGAGUUUCACCUGCACGUGAUGUAAUUCUGGGGAAACACAACAUCAUUGUUUAGACAUGACAGUUGUUUGGCAUACAUGUAUAUUGGCACAAAAUGAGCUGCAGAAUCAAUUAUUAGCUUUGAACACAAACCUCUGGAACCAUAAAGCACCUAACAAACACAACGCUGUAUGUGUCUCCUUUGCAUUAGUCACCCCGUCCAGUUCCAGAUGCAGAGGAUAGAAAAAUGCAGUCUUGAUGAAAGCUUUGAUUCGUCUUGUGCCCAGGCUGGCAAUGAUCACAGGUACUGUAAAAUAGGUUCUAUAUAUUGUGAUACUCCAUACACUCGCAUACUGUACAAAUAGCAGUGUUGGGGAAAAAACAGAUGAUUCAAGAUGGCUGUUGAUGACUCUUGAUGGAGUCGCACAUCCCCCUCCCCUCACACAUGGAGGCAAACAGCUAGCAAGGUCGAGAAAAAACAACGGGAGGUGGACUGCGUUUGAAACAUUCUGGAUUUCUUUACUGUUCUAUGGUGUUUUUUGCAGUUGUUUGGCUUUGUAGAACAAUCAACCCCUCCCUUCCUUUUCCCCCCGACACAUACAUACACACACAGACACUCUUUCCCUGGUAUUUGUAUGUUCAGAGAAAAGCUUUUAUGUAAGAUGUAUCUAAUUAAUGUUUCUAUUUUCAUACAGUUAUACAUGGAAUGUAAGUUAGGCCAGUAGCGAGGCCGGAGUCAAUCUGGUUCCAGUUCAGUCAGUCCAAGUGUAAACUAGUUUAUAUUUAGGGGUUCUGCAUAUUCAUAAGGCCUCCAGACACUUGUGGGCUGAUUUAACACAAGCUCGUAGGAGACAGUGAAACUUCCUGAGUGUUCUGACACAAGGUCCAUCUCUCCUAGAACUGACUGAACUGAACAGAGCUUGGCCCACACCGCAGUAAACUCUCCUCACCUCUGAUAUUUCUACUACACUUUAUAAGUGUCUUAGUCCGUUGAGAUACUUCAAUAAAAACAAAAUCACUAUUUUCUACGUCUUAAUGAAAAAUCACCUGUGUGUUUCGACUGACUGGGACCUGUAUUUAUAAAGCCUCUUUUGGAACCGGAGUGCUAACCCAGGAUCAGCCGGCAAAGCGUAAUGAGCCCGCCUCGGGAGCCUCAUCCGGAGACCUCAUCACCCCCAUUAAAGUUUCAAUGAUGUAUCGUCACACUGGGGUGUCAGAGGAUCAUGUAAUACUCCUACUUUACCCUGCAAACCAAUUGUGUUUUGAUUGACAGUGAUGUUUCUGGCGGUGGGAGGGAGGGGGGCCGUACUAAGGAAGCCACUCUGAUCUUGGUUCAGCACUCCUGGGAGAAAUAUUUUAUGAAAACAGGAUCUAGAGUGAAAAUAGGUAUCUUUUUUCUAGUGCGUGGUACAUUGCUUAUAUUAAUAAAUAACGUUUUGGUCAA